UUAAAAGCGAAAUGAAUUCUUUCGCCAGUUGAAUAAUCAAGUCGUCAGGCGAAGGUAUCGAAGUCGGUAGCAAAAUAUCAGCUGACGGAAACUAGAAAGAAUCACAUAGUUGAAAUGAAAGCGACUAAGAAAAAUGAUUUCAUUUCUCUGAGGACCAGUGAAUGGAACGCUACAUCACAUCUCACAUUUUGCAAUUUCAUUUUGUUCAACAUUUCAAUUGAAAAAUAAUGAUUAGUACUACACAGAGAAGUGGACGGCAAUUGGUGGCUACAACGAAGGCAUUAAAAUGCUUCAUGCGUAGCAUAAGUGUCAGUGUUCAGGAGCAGCAGGAUCAAUCAGUGCAAAUGGUCUUAGUUAAGGAACAUGAGAAGCAACAGCAAACAAUGAAAUUUCCAGGCAUUUGGUUACGUGACAAUUGUUUAUGUGAUGAAUGCUUCCAUAAGGAUUCACUAAGUCGUAAACCAUUACGUUGGAAUAACUUUGACAUGGCAGUUAAGGUGCAACAUAUUGUGACUGAUGAUUCUAAAAAUGCUGUAAAAAUAAAUUGGUCUGAUAAGCAUACAUCGACUUUUGACUUGAAUUGGUUGAAGGAAAGAGACUUUUCUACUGAAAAUCGUCAAAAAUACAUAAGUGAAUGGUAUCGUCCAGAGUCUAAGCAUUGGAGUAAACCAGAGUUUCAAAAAAUUUUGAAAAAAUUUGAAUAUAAAGAUGUAAUGGAAAAGGAUGAAUCACUACUUCAACUGUUGGAGACCUUAGCAGUUUAUGGAGUUUGCUUAUUGAAAAACUCACCUCUCGACAUUGGAGUAGUUAAGACAUUAGCAGAUCGUGUUGGUUUUAUACGCAAAACAACUUAUGGUGAAGAGUUCAGUGUAAAGUCUCGUCCCGGUGCAAAAAAUUAUUCCUAUCUAGCUGAGCCCUUACCGCUUCAUACAGAUUUGCCAUAUUAUGAAUACAAACCAAGUGUCACAAUUUUGCACACCCUAGAACAAUCACAAUCCACAGGCGGUUGGAACACACUAACCGAUGCCUUUAAUAUAGCCGAUCAAUUGCGUGUCAAGCAUCCCAAGCAUUUUAAAAUCCUUACUGAAACGCCAGUGGAUUGGUGUGAUAUUGGCGUUGAUGGAGGCGUUGAGUUUCAUAACAUUUGGCGUGCACCUGUCAUCAACCUGGAUGCCGAUGGCAAGUAUGCACGCAUCAAUCACAGCGUUCCUCAGCGUGACAAUCAUUUCAGUGUUGAUAUAGACAAGGUGGCGCCUUGGUAUGCCGCCUAUGCUAUGUUUGUACGUAUGGCACACGAGCAGGCGGUAUCGUUUAAAACAGCACCCGGAGAUGUCUUAACGUUCAACAAUCUACGUAUGUUGCAUGGACGUACUGGUUACGAUGAUACUGAAAAGAAUGUACGUCACAUAGUUGGAGGAUUUGUCGAUUGGGAUAUAAUAUACUCAAGGAUGCGUGUGCUUAGAAAAAUGUUAAAUUGAAUAUGGCAAACAUAUUUCAUUUUUUUAGUAUAUCGAUUCUUUUAUUAA